AUGGUAUUUUCAGGUAAGCAUGGUUGGGAAAGCACCAAAGGUUUCACCCUCCAAGUCCUAACAGGAAGGUGGUUUAUGGUGUUUUCAUCAUUUAUGAUCAUGUCUGUGUCUGGAGCAAGCUACAUGUUUGGUCUUUACUCAAGAGAAAUAAAGUCAGUUUUGGGAUAUGACCAAUCCACUCUAACUCUUUUAAGCUUCUUCAAGGACUUAGGCUCUAACAUAGGCAUUCUUUCAGGCCUUCUAAAUGAAGUCACACCCCCUUGGGUUGUCUUAUCAAUUGGUGGUGUUCUCAACUUUUUUGGCUAUUUCAUGAUAUGGCUUGCAGUCACAAGAAAAAUCCCCAAACCGGCAAUAUGGAACAUGUGCUUAUACAUAUUCAUUGGAGCCAAUUCUCAUUGUUCAACCAACACCGGAGCUUUAGUCACAAGUGUAAAGAACUUCCCUGGUAGUAGAGGUGUUGUCAUAGGCCUUUUGAGUGGUUACCUUAGUUUGAGUGGAGCUAUCAUCACUCAGCUAUACUAUGCCUUCUAUGGAACUGACUCUAAAUCUUUAAUUUUGCUUAUGGCUUGGUUACCAACUGCUGUAACUUUUGUUUUUAUGCCAGUUAUUAAACAUCACAAAAGAGCUGUACAACCAAAUGAUUCCAAAGCUUUCUAUAAUUUCCUUUACACGUCUUUAAUCUUUGCAGGAUUCCUCAUGAUAAUGAUUAUAGUGCAAAAGUGUUUCAACUUUACUAAGAGUGAGUACUAUGUCACUACCACUGUCAUGCUUCUCUUGCUUAUCCUGCCUCUUGUUAUUGUUAUUAUGGAAGAACAAAGGAUUUGGAAGAACAAAAAAGAGAACAUCAAUCCUCCUAAGCCUUUGAAUAUAAUCAUGCAGACUCACCAAGCUAGUGGAGAGAGUACUAAAAAUCGAACCAUACGUAGAGGUGAAGAUCAUACAAUACUUGAAGCCAUUUUCAGCCUUGACAUGAUGACUCUUUUUGUAGCCACAAUUUGUGGGUUUGGUGGAACUCUUACUGUGGUAAAUAACUUGAGUCAGAUUGGAUUAUCCUUAGGAUAUCCUGCACAUAGUAUAACCACAUUUGUUUCACUAAUGGCUAUUUGGAUCUAUCUAGGUAAAGUUACGCAAGGAGUUAUCUCAGAAUUUAUCAUAACAAAGUUAAAACUCCCUAGACCUCUCAUGCUCACUGCAAUCCUUAUAUUGUCUUGUUUUGGUCACCUUCUAAUUGCAUUUAAUGUACCAAAUGGUCUCUAUGUAGCUUCCAUUAUUAUUGGUUUCUGCUUUGGAGCAAACUGGCCAGUACUAUAUUCAAUCAUAUCUGAGCUAUUUGGUCUUAAAUAUUACUCAACAUUGUACAACGUUGGGUCAAUAGCGAAUCCAAUAGGGUCAUACUUGUUAAGUGUGAGGGUUGCUGGUUAUCUGUAUGACAAGGAAGCCACAAAGCAAAUGGCAGCAUUAGGCCUAAAGAGGAAGAAAGGGGAUGAGUUGAAUUGCAAUGGAAGUGAGUGCUACAGAUUGGCUUUCAUUAUAAUCACUGCUGUUAGUCUCUUUGGGGCACUUGUGUCUCUAACUUUAGUUUUAAGGACUAGAGAGUUUUAUAAAGGUGACAUAUACAAGAAGUUUAGAGAGGAAACGAGAAAUAAUGAAAAUGAAUUGGUUGUAACUCAGAAUAAGGUUCAACCUGCCAAAGUUAUGGAUAGAUAG